AUCUGAAUUCAGCUGUAGUGGCAAACGUCCCCGACAUCGACACCUCCGCCUCAAGAAAAUGCCGACUCAUCUAUCCAAGACUCGCAAGCACCGUGGCCAUGUCUCGGCCGGUCACGGACGUGUAGGGAAGCACCGCAAGCAUCCUGGAGGUCGUGGUCUUGCUGGUGGCCAGCACCACCACCGAACGAACUUCGAUAAGUACCAUCCCGGUUACUUUGGUAAAGUCGGUAUGCGUCAUUUCCAUUUGACACGCAACGCACACUGGCGGCCGAUCAUCAACGUGGACAAGCUCUGGACGCUUGUACCCGAGGAAGAGAAGAAGGGCCUGACAGAGAACUCUGAAAUUGUUCCAGUUAUUGACACCCUGCACCACGGUUACGGUAAAGUGUUGGGCAAUGGAAUACUCCCAAAAUUGCCUUGCAUCGUGAAGGCACGGUUUGUCUCCGCCCGGGCAGAGGCCAAAAUCAAUGCAGCUGGUGGUGUUGUGUCGUUAAUUGCAUAGGAACAUUUUGUUCUCCCACUGUUAUUUUACUUUUAUCCCUUGACCUGUGCACACGACGUUCUAUGACACAAUAUGCAUGCAAUAUAGCACUCAUGCCUCAUGCACCCCGAA